AUGUCGUCGACAUCGGAUGCAAGUCUCAUUGCUGCAUUGAACAAUGCUUCAACUCAACUCAAUCGUUACUUUGCAAUUUUCAUCAUUAUCUUUGGUGUUGUGGGUAAUACCAUCAAUAUAUGCGUUUUAUCACGACGACCUUUACGUUCAAAUCCUUGUGCAUGGCUCUUUCUUGCUUCAUCGAUUGCAAAUGGUAUUGGUAUUCUUGCAAGUGUCAUUUCUCGACCGUUAUCAACUUGGUCUGCUGAUCUAACAAAUACAAAUCAAUUUCUUUGCAAACUUCGUGCCUUUCUCUUAUUCAAUGCAAUCACUAUUGGCUCUUGGCUUAUCAUGUUGGCAACAGUUGAUCGAUGGCUUUCAUCGAACAUCGAUGCUAAUAAACGACAAAGAAGUACAUUAAAGAAUGCUCAAAUCGAAACAUCAAGUUUACUUUAA